GAGAAAAACAGGCAAACAAACAUUGGCUGGCCCAAAGCAUUGUAAUUAGUAGUCGGUCAUGCAAGAAAUAGAAGCCUCCCACCAGCCCCCCUCUUGGCCAAUUCAUUGAUGUUUUGGAGGGGGUUUUCUUUGAAUUGUUAGAAGCACACGCAGCUGGAGUCGCCCAAAUUGAAGGGGGAACCGUUUUUCGCUUAGACAAUUGUUUUGUCGCUGCGCAUUGAUGGCAAUGCGGCGUUGCAAGAAUCGCUUUUUGGCCAUUAUAAAAGCCCACUGCACGUUUCCAGCGUCAGUCAGUCAGUUUUUGUAAGCCCCGAGUGGCAUUUCCAUUUCCAAUACGUUGUUGUUAGCCCAAAGGAAAUCCGCCGAAAUACUCACCAAGAUGUUCCAAGCUAGAACCGUUUGCCUGCUGCUCGCCCUCUGCCUUCUGGCCAUGUUCUUUGUCGGUUCUGAGGCCCUGCCACGACCACAGGAGGGUCGGGAGGAGGGCGGCGAUCAGGAGGCCAAUGUAGAGGCUGAGGAGAAGGAUCUGGAGGGAGCUGCAUCCUUUGGAUACGGAUACUACUCGUCGCCCUACUUGGGUGGCUACUACGGCGGAUAUUGGCCACAUUACAGCGGCAGUUACUACGGAAUUGGUUAUCCAUACUAUGGAGGUUACUACGGAUUGCAUCAUCACCAUGGACACUAUGGACACUACUUCUAGGAAGGGUUCUUAACCCAACCCGAAAUAAAUACUUUUACAGCCUCAGUAGAACUCUAUCAGCACCAGACAUCUAUCAGCACUAGAAAAAAUAGUACAUUUAGUAAUAGAAGCCGACAAAGAUAGCAUUAAUAGCCAGCACUAGCCUCAAUAGCCAGACGAUGCGUUCUUGACCGGAUAGCGAACAGAUUAACUGCACUGCCCCUUGGGCGAGGAUAAUUGCUUCAA